UCCUGGAGCUCAGUGCUGGUCAGUCACUGAGGUUGAGGAGCAGGGCACGCAGGCUCACACUCUGCUGUCCUUGUGCCAGGCUCGGCCUAUUUCCCGCGUAACAAACAUUAAAACUGGAUACUUCGCACUGAAGGCUUUCUCCCCGGUGUCAUCUUGGCUCAUCUUCAGCUGUGCUCGUCUGGCUCCGGUUAAACAUGUCGUCAUCAUAUGCUGCAGCUAUAUUGGCUUUGCUUCCAACCAGCUCCUCUGAUCCACCCGCCAAACCCGACUCCCAACCCACACCGGACACAACAGGAAGUCCCAAACCCAGCAAGCAGCUCCACUGCCCUCCAGCUGUACAGAAUCAUACUCAGUCACCUGAGCCUCUGGUGUCUUAUGAUGAGCAACAGGAGAAUCCCGCCGACUACGGCAUAGGUGGUUAUUACCCCGUGGAGAUUGGAGACAUUUUCGUCGAUCAUUACCAAGUGGUCAAAAAGUUAGGAUGGGGUCACUUCUCUACUGUGUGGCUCUGCUGGGAUAUGGUGAAGAGGCAUUUUGUGGCUCUGAAGGUGGUGAAGAGUGCUGAAACAUUCACAGAGACGGCACUGGAUGAGAUCAAACUUCUGAAAUGUGUAAGGGAAAACGAUCCCAAAGAUCCUAAACGUGAGAGAAUUGUGCAUCUCAUUGAUGAUUUCAGGAUCUCUGGAGUGAAUGGAGAGCAUGUGUGCAUGGUCCUGGAGGUUCUGGGCCACCAGAUGCUGAGGUGGAUCAUCAAGUCCAACUACACAGGCCUCCCUCUGCCCUGCGUUAAGAGCAUCCUCAGACAGGUUCUGCAGGGUUUAGAUUACUUGCAUACUAAAUGCAAGAUUAUCCACACAGACAUCAAGCCAGAAAACAUCCUUCUGAGAGUGGACGAGGUUUAUAUUCAGAAGCUGGCGGCCGACACCAAACUGUGGCAGAUGCCUGUGUCGCCUCCCUUCACCAGCUCCUCAGGGAACACAAGCUCCAGAGAAAAACAGAGUUUGUCCAGCUUAUUGGGGAAGCUGACUGGGGUUUUCCACACUCUUGGGGAGUGGUCCAGCAAGGUCCCCAAGAGUCCAAUUAAGCGCCUGACGAGGAAAGACAGAAGUCGACGAGCACAGGAGAGUGCAUCUGACCACAAACGAGACAAACCCAACACGUUGUCGUCCGAUGUCGCUGCUACCUCCACCACCCAAAGCUCCACUUGUCACUCCAAGCUCACAGGCCCCAACCUCAAGUUAAGGAGACAGACUCUGCUGUGGGAAGACGGAGUGGACUCAGAUCCACGCAGCCACAGAGCCUCCAUCUGCUCGUGGUUACACCUCACCACAGAUGCUCCUGUCUCCGGCUCCAGAAUAUUACAUCCGACUGCAGACAAACAGCCUCCUCCAUCUUCCCCGUCCUCUCCUCGUGGCGUCAGUGACUCAGAUGGACUUCUGGACCUGCUGAAGCCUCAGAAUGCUGACAAAAUCCUCAUAAAGAUUGCUGACCUGGGAAACGCCUGCUGGGUGCACAAGCACUUCACUGAAGACAUCCAGACGUGUCAGUACCGCUCUGUGGAGGUCCUGAUUGGUGCCGACUACAACACACCAGCUGACAUCUGGAGCACUGCCUGCAUGGCCUUUGAGCUGGCCACUGGAGACUACUUGUUCGACCCUCAGGCAGGAGCCACAUUUUCCCGGGAGGAAGAUCACAUCGCCCACAUCAUUGAGCUGCUGGGACCUCUUCCAUCCCAGUUUGCCCUCUCAGGGAGAAACUCCAAACGAUUCUUCAGCCGUAAAGGACAACUGCGACACAUCUCACGGCUGAAAUCAUGGAGCCUGUUUGAGAUCCUGCUGGAUAAGUACGAGUGGCCGCGAGAGGAAGCUGCCCAGUUCAGCUCGUUUCUUUUGACCAUGUUGGAGCUUCUGCCAGAGAAAAGAGCCACAGCUGCCGAGUGUCUGAACCACCCCUGGAUCACCUCCUAGACACGCUGACUCUAAAUCAGUGCUGUGGAUUAUCUCUGCGACAUGGGACUUGGUCAGCUGUGGGAGUAGUCUGGUGCUGGCAUCAUGAGUACAGCUCUCAUUAAUAUUUAUUUGCCUGACCAGGAGCCUUUUCCCACUUCGGUUUGUUCCUUGGUCUUUCAUUGUUUGAAUGGCUGUUUAAUUCAGGCACAGCAACGACCAAAGACAGGCUUUGUCUUACUGAAAAAGUGCCUCCAAACAAGAUUACGAAGUUUGCGAAUUUCAAUAAGCGGACAUAAGAUUGCAUUUUAUUUUUAUUCCUAUGACAAAUAAAUCAAGCUCCAUUUGUGUCUAAAGGUAGCUGUGAACCAGUCUGAGGCGACGGACAGCUCAUGUGUCAACCUGAAGGGUUACUGUGAUGGUCACUACAGGAUUUAAAAAAAAAAACAAAAAAACAUCAAUCUGUGACAUUUUGCUUUUGAAGAUAAAGGUGAAAAUGUUAUCAAAAUGGAAAUGAGGUUCUUAGAUGUUGGAAUUGCUCUCUAAAAUAUCAGCAGAAAUAGGAAAUAAUGAACAUCAGUGGCUGCAGGAGAAUUCAGAUUUAACCCUAAUAAACCAUUAAAUGCCAAACAGGAAUCA